GAAGAAGGCUGCUUCCGGGAGCCGACCCGUUGCCACGACGACUGAGCUGCUAGCCAUUGGCGUGCAGGCAGGGAGUUCCCGGCGUGCUGUGCGUCGGCGGUGGGCCAUGGCUUUGGAGUUGCGGCCGCCUGUGCCUCUUGUGCUGUGGCUGUUGGUGUUGGCUCGACUCUGCUCGGAGGCAGCGGACGGCGGGGGAUGGCGGCAGGCUGGACCGGGGCCGGACGUGGCCGUGGAGGAAUGCUGCACCGUGGAGCGGCGGUCCGACCUGACCUAUGCUGAGUUUGUGCAGCACUACGCCUUCCUCAGGCCCGUCAUCCUACAAGGACUCACGGAUAACUCGAGAUUCCGGGCCCUGUGCUCCAGAGAGAGUCUUUUGGCCACCUUUGGGGACCACGUGGUUCGGCUCAGCACCGCCAACACCUACUCUUACCAGAAAGUGGACGUGCCCUUCCACCAAUAUGUAGAGCAGCUGCUACAUCCCCAAGACCCUGCUUCUCUGGGCAAUAACACUCUAUACUUUUUUGGGGACAACAACUUCACAGAGUGGGCAUCACUAUUCCAGCACUACUCCCCACCUCCAUUUCAUUUGCUGGGAACCACUCCUGCUUAUAGCUUUGGAAUUGCAGGAGCUGGCUCCGGGGUACCCUUCCACUGGCAUGGGCCCGGAUUCUCAGAGGUGAUCUAUGGUCGUAAGCACUGGUUUCUCUAUCCACCUGAGAAGACCCCGGAGUUCCACCCCAACAAAACCACACUGACUUGGCUUCGGGACACGUACCCAGCCUUGGCACCAGCGGAAAGGCCCCUGGAGUGUACCAUUCGGGCUGGUGAGGUGCUGUAUUUCCCUGACCGCUGGUGGCACGCCACACUCAACCUUGACACCAGUGUCUUCAUCUCCACCUUCCUUGGCUAGCCAGAAGAGGCAGGCCCACACACACCAGCAUGUGCCCAUGUACAGGUCACAAAUUUUAUUACAGGAACAGUGGCAGCAAUGGCAGCUUCAACCCAACCCACCCCUAUCUGCUUUUCCAGCCCAGAAAGAUGAGAGACUCACAGCCUGGCAAAGGCUAUGCUGAGAGGGGUAGCAGUCCAGAGCCCACCAGCAGAACUGAUGGGGGCAGGCACAGCGACACAAAUUAUGUACAGGAACUGGGGCUUCUGCCUCAGGACCUUCCUGAGCCAGGAUAUCAAGCAGGGUGGAGCAAUGGGCCUCAGUAGUCCUCCACCCAGCCAUUCUCAGAGAUGAAUGCAUCGAUGACCUCCUUCAUGGCCAGGUUAGGGAUGAGCUGUUCCUGGGUCAGGGGGCUCCGGGUCACAGGGUCAAAGUGGCCCACACGCUGCAGUGACAACAGGGUCAGAGUGCUCCAUGUGCCAGUCUGUGCCUCCAGCCCUGGUCCUGAGGCUCAUAGGCCCUUACCUGCAGAUGCUCCUCAAUGUCCUUUCGGUCAUAGGUGAUGCCACUUGGUGUGAUACACGGUUCCCUCAUCAGCUCAAAGCUGAUCUUGCCACACAGAUAGUCGGGGAUAUCUCGCUUCUACAGCACAUAGGGACAGUGUCAGGGGCCAGGAAAGGAACGCUGCUUCAGCACUUGCUACUCGCAGCCUUCAGAGAAAAUGCUCACCUUUCUCUUUUCAUCUACCUGAGAGAAGAGCUCAUCCAUGUCCGCCAUGUAUUUAUCCUGUAAAGAAUUGAGCACCGUGUGUGGGCCACU